UUUGGCACCGUUGAGCGUUUUAAAGGUCGUGAACCUAAUAGGUCAUAUCUUUUUAUUUUUCUUCUUUCUAUAAAAUCCCUAAUUUGUUCUUCUUUCAAACUUUCCUUUCCUCCAUUCUUCCCCCUAUAUUCCAGAAUUUUGAUGGCGAUAUUUUCCUUCAAUUCAUCCAAGUCUUGCUCGAUUCUCGUUUCAAUUCCUUUAGAUUUCGUUCAUCUUUUUUCUCCGAAGCUUUUUCGUUCUCAGAUUUUUACGCACCCUUGUAAUUCUAAUUGACGUCUAUUCGAGGGAGGAGCCACCGUGGUCUGUUCUAAUGGGAAGACGUAAAACUCAGCGAAAAAAUUCUCCAACGGUGGAUAGUGAUGAUGAUAGUAGUGUGAGUUCUUCCUCGACUAUGCGGUCCGAUCGAAUGUCUGUUGUAGGGAUUGAGGAUUUUCAUUUUGACAAAGAUACUUUACUUGACCAAGCUCUUGAUGCUUUAUACGAGAAGAGGGGUUCAACUAGAGAGAAAGCGCUGGCAUCGAUUGUUGAAAAUCUUGGCAACAAUUUGCAAUAUCAAUUUGUGGAAAAGAAAUUUGCUACUCUGCUUCACCAGUGUCUGAAUUGUAUAAAAAAGGGAUCCAGCAAGGAAAUAUCCUUGGCUUCUCAUGUAAUUGGAUUAUUGGCUUUAACUGUGGGCGAGGGAGACAAUGCUCGGGAAAUAUUGUCAGAAUCAAUUCCCUCAAUUUCUCAAGCUCUCAAAUCUGGCUCGGAGUCCUCAAAGAUAUCGCUGCUCGAAUGCUUGGCAAUUAUCACUUUUGUUGGUGGAAAUGACAUAGAGGAAAUUGAACGGUCACUACAGCUCAUGUGGCAAGUAGUCAUUCCCAAACUAGGACAAAAUGUAUUCCCUCAUGCCUUUUCUCUGGUAGUUGCGGUCAGGCAAUCGGCAGCUAUCAUUACAGCUAUGGUGUCUUCAUGGUCUUUUGUCCUUACAACUAUGGACGGGUUGAAACUUAAUUCCAAAGAUUGGCAAGAAUCAAUAUCAUUUUUAUCAAGUCUCUUAGACAAAGACGACCGUGCUGUACGUAUUGCUGCUGGUGAAGCACUGGCAUUGAUUUUUGAGAUAGGCAUUUUGGAGAAGUUUUCUGCUGAAACUAAAGGAUCAACUGAUGGCUCCACCCUAGAGGGAAGUAAACCGCGGGAAUGGUUUAUACAUAUACAGGGACUGAAGGGAAAAAUCUUAAAUCAAGUAAAAAACCUCUCGAUGGAAGCUGGUGGUAAGGGUUCUGCUAAGAAAGAUCUCAACUCCCAGCGGAAUACAUUUCGAGAUAUUUUGGAGUUUUUUGAGUAUGGUUAUUGUCCUGAAACUUCAAUGAAGAUUGGAGGUGAUCUGUUGCAGACUUCGACAUGGACUCAAUUGAUUCAGUUGAACUUUGUAAAGCAUUUUCUUGGGGGUGGAUUUGUCAAGCAUAUGCAGGAGAACGAAUUCCUUCACGAUGUCUUUGGAUUCACUCCGAAGAAAAAGUUUCCCUUGGACAGCGAACAUCGGAUAUCAACCGCCGAAAAAAGGAUGUUCAAGUCACCAAAUUCAAUUGUCAAUAAGGCAAGGACUCAGCAUUUGAACAAGCAGCGAAUGUUAGUUGAGGGAAGAAACAUUGGACACUAUGCUGUAAACGUGGGAGAGUGAGAUGUAGAAUUUUAUUUAAUUGUUGAAUUGAAUUUAGAUAUUGAGGAGAGGUGUGUUGUUAAAGAGAGGCUGGUGGCGAGCUUCCACUUUUUUCUCUUUGUCUAUUAUCAUCAUAUUCCAAAGAUUGUAAAAUAGUAGGAAUUAUGAUUACUCGCAGUUCAAUAUUCUCAUGCUGUACCCUCUCACUUCGUAAGUGUUGACAAUUCACACUUAAUUUCCAUAUAGCAUGUAAUUCACCGUUAUUAGACUGUUUAUUUUGUGAACUUUUGGCUAGAGGUCAUUGCCAUGUUUAAAAAUGAGCCUGCCCUCUAAUAGUAACUAAUCUACAUGUUUCAAUA